GGACAGGAGAGGAGAGAGAGGUGAUCACUGCUGAAGGACUCACUCUGACCCAGUCUCACUCAGCAGGGUAUCAGCUGCCGAAUAAGCUCCCAAUUCAAGACACGUUCAUCCUUUUGUUCAGGUGACACCCAGUCCUGAGGAACUAGAUGCUGAGAUGAUGCAACAGUUCAGUAUCCUGGCUCUUUGGCUCAGCACACUGUUGGAUCCUGGCAAACAUCGAGUGUUGGUUAACGCACAAUGGCAGAAGGGUGAUGAGGCUUCAGCCAGUGUUCAUCAGAUUAACCACACCGUGCUACUCGAGCAGCAGGCAAUCAUCUUCAAUCACAUCUACAACAUCCACAUGCCACUGGAGUCGUUCUGUUCAGUCAGGGCAGACAGUGCUCUGGGACAGACUAAACCUUCCCAGCAUGAGUAUACUGCUGAGUACGUUCAACAAAACCAGACCCUGCAGAGCCAGGUGGGCUUCACACAUAACAUCAACAUCCCCCAACAGGCCUGUGAUUGCCUAACGAACUCACUGCUCAAGAACCUCGUCGAACGUAUUGAGCUGCUGGAGAGAGAGGUUUCUGUGCUCAGACAACAGUGCACCACUGGGUACUCAGCAGAGAGCUCGGCGGCAGGUCAAGUUGAUUAUUCUCCUCUGUGCAGUGGCCAUGGGAACUUCAGCAUGGAGACUUGUGAUUGCAGCUGUGACCUUGGCUGGACUGGCAAGGGAUGCUCAGUGCCACUUUGCUUGACCAACUGCUCUGGGCACGGGAUGUGUGUCAAUGGGCAGUGUGCCUGUGACCAGGGCUACACAGGGCAGAACUGCAACGACACGGAAUGUCUGCGGGACUGCAGUGGACACGGCCUGUGUGUACAAGAGGAAUGUGUCUGUGAGGAACCCUACAAAGGAGAGGACUGUGCCCAGCUGAAAUGCCCCAAUGCAUGCUCUGGCCAUGGACAGUGUGUGAAUGACUCCUGCCUGUGCUCCAAGGACUACACCGGAGAGGACUGCAACCAGCUGAGGUGCCUGAACGACUGCAGCAACAAUGGUCAGUGCAGACAUGGCAACUGCUCCUGUCAGGAUGGCUUUCCUGGAGAAAACUGUGUGGCAGAUCUGACUACUCCUCAAGGACUUCACUUCAAAUCUGUCACUGAGACAGCAGUGGAGGUGCAGUGGGACCCUUUCCAGUUCACAUUUGAUGCUUGGGAGAUCAGUUUCAUUGCAAAGAGUAACGAAGGAGGUAUGAUAGUACAGCUUCCCAUGACAGUCACCUCCUUCAACCAGACGGGUUUGAGACCUGGUGAAGAUUACACAGUCAACCUGGUUGCACUCAAAGAGCAGGCGAGAAGCUUGCCAGCAACAGCAACAGUUUCCACCCUAAUUGAUGGACCAACUCACAUGACCAUCAGGGAGGUAGCCGAUACCUUUGUUUUUGUGGAAUGGACACCUCCAAAAGCCAAUAUUGACCAUAUCCUCCUGACAUAUGGACUAACCGGUGAAACACAUAGUAAGUCAGUGCUGAGACUGCAGCCAACACUGACCCAGUACUCCCUGCAGGACCUGAGACCUGCCUCACACUACCAGGUGUCAGUCACUGGCAUCCUGAAACACAGAAGAAGCCAGCCUGUGACUGCUGCCUUUACCACAGAGAUUGAUGCUCCCAAAAACCUGUGUGUUGUGGCUCAAGGGUUCAGUAAUCUUGAGUUGGAAUGGGACAACAGUCAAGCUGACAUUGACAAAUACAGGGUGGUCUACAGCACACUGGCAGGAGGGCAGUACCAUGAACUGACUGUGCCCAAAAGUACUGGACCAACAAGCAAGAUUACACUGACUGAUCUACUGCCCAAUACUGAAUAUGGCAUAGGAAUAUCAGCUGUUAAGGAGACAAAACAAAGUGUUCCAACCACCAUGAAUACAAGGACAGCCUUGGAUCCACCACAGGGAAUUUCCUUCAGUAAUAUCUCUCACAAUUCAGUGACCAUCUCCUGGCACAAGCCCAAUGCUUCCUUCGAUCACUACCAGAUGUUCUACCAGCCAGUCUCCGAUCACUGGGGUGGCAUGUACACCUUGAACAAUCUGCAGCCUGCAACUGAGUACCACGUGAAAAUGAACGCAGUUCAGGGGCUGGCCAAGAGUCUGCUGCUGUCCUACACUGUGCAGACAGCAAUGGACAGCCCACUGGCUGUGCAGGUUGUUAACAUCACUCCAACAGAGGCUCAGCUGACGUGGGCUGCACCUCAGGCUGUGGUGCAGAACUAUGUGAUUAUCGUGUCACACAGCCAGGUUGCUGCAGACAGGAUUCUUGUCAACGGGGCUGUGACACAGCAUCAGCUGACCCACCUCCAACCAUUCACCAAUUACUCCAUCACCAUCUAUGCCACCAGAGGGUCCAUGGCCAGUUCUGCUGUCUCCCUUCACUUCUUCACACCUCUGGACUCUCCGAAGAACCUGACCGCCAGUGAUGUGAGCCAGAGGAGUGCGCGGAUUUCCUGGCAGGCCCCUCAGGCUGAGAUUGAGAAGUAUGUCCUGGUGUACGAGGACGGCAGUGGGCAACAGAAGGAGCUGAUCUUGGAAGCAGAGGAUACUUGGAUACGACUAGAGGGUUUGUCGGAAGCCACUGAGUACACACUGAGGCUGCAAUCUGCAUGUGACACCAUAAGGAGUUUACCGGAAGAGAUUACGUUCACCACAGCAAGCCGUCGCUAUCCAUACCCCUGGGACUGUACUCAGCACCUACUCAACGGAGACACAAUCAGUGGCAUCUAUACCAUCUACAUCAAUGGAAAGCCACAGCAAAGUCUGCAAGUCUUCUGUGACAUGGUGACUGACAAUGGGGGAUGGACAGUGUUCCAGAGACGACAGAAUGGACUGACAGACUUCUCACGCAAGUGGGCAGAUUACUGUGUGGGCUUUGGAAACCUAGAAGAUGAAUUCUGGCUGGGACUGGACAACAUCCACAAGAUUUCUGCCCAAGCCAGAUAUGAUCUGCGGAUUGAUCUACGUGACGGCCGUGAGUCAGUAUAUGCCAUCUACGAUCGAUUUUACCUCAGUGAUGCCCGGAGUCUCUACAGACUAAGGAUUGGAGAUUACAGAGGCACAGCUGGUGACUCCCUCUCCUAUCACCAGGGCCGUCCAUUCUCCACAAAGGAUCGUGACAAUGAUGUUGCUAUCACAAACUGCGCCUUGUCAUACAAAGGUGCCUGGUGGUACAAGAACUGUCACCGUGCUAAUCUCAAUGGGAAAUAUGGAGAGAAUCGACACAGCCAGGGGAUAAACUGGUACCACUGGAAGGGUCACGAGAUUUCCAUACCAUUCAUUGAGAUGAAGAUCCGACCUCAUGACUUUGGAGUAAUCUAG